AAGGAAAAGCCAAAAAAACCCUGGCCAUCACCACCGCCGCAAGCAGUGGCAUAUUGCCUCGUCCGUCCAUCCUUCUUCGUCUGCUCACCCGCGCUUCUGCCGCCCAAGUGAUUGAAUCCCUUUCUCUUCGCGGAUUGAAGCUCUGCCCCCUUGCUUUUCUUCUGCCGCCGUCGUCUUCUGAACGAUAUGUCUGUUCGGUCUCCGCCCUUGGAAGCUGGCUUGUGACCCGUGACUCGUGAGUCGUCAGUGGUGAAAUGGAGAAGGAAUAACAGUGGUCGUCGUCUGGUCGUCGCGCUCAACUGCUCAGAUCGAAGUUUUUCCGGUUGAACCUCGGUUGAAUCGGUUAGACCAAUGAACCAGUGACUAGAACGGUUCAGUUUUCAGAACCUUGAGCACAUCCCAUCCUCUAUCAUUUACCGACCAAAUGUCCAACAAUACCCACUGCGCCAAAGUACCCAUUCUGUCACUGUCACUCCUGCUUCUUUCUCCAUCUCUUCACUGCGGCUGUUGCUCUGUGUUCUCUCUCCACCUUCGCUGUUACUGUGCUCUCUACUCACCCAGUCGCGAAAAACUAAAGAUUGAUACCUGCAUGGGAAAAUACUGGCCAAAUGAAAUAGUAAGGCAUGUUCAAAGUUGAUUCUGCGGACAGAUUUUAAGGUGCUUUAAUUAACUUCUGAACUUUCCAUCUGUUAUCAGCAAGCGGUAGGACUUCGGGGACUUCCAGCUUUCACCACAUUUGACUUUGGGGACUUCCAGCUUUUCACCACAUUUGGCAAAUAUUUUAUAAAGACAACAGGAGCAGCGACAUACAACCGCCAGGUUGGGCCAGGUUAGUUGGAUUCCUGUAUGGAUGUUGGUGGUUCAAUUCGGUCAGAGAAACUUUCCCCCGGCUCAUCAUUAUCCUUACAAGUCAAUAACAACAACGUCCUCUAAGUAUUACAACAACAACACCGCCAUUUUCUUCAAUCCAAACACCCCGAUUUCUCUCUUGAUCCAUGCCAUGCUUUGCCAAUGUCAAAGUACUCAAAACUUCUCUACGAACAUACCUAAAGCUGGGUUUCCCUUCAAUGCAGACACUUCCUUCUUGCUCUUACUCUUCCACAUGGAAACCCCACCUUCCCGGUGCCACACAUGAACCCCAACCACCCCCUUCACCUUCUCCUCCAGUUUCAGUUGAUAUCUUCACAUCAGGUACUAAUAGGGGUUCUCGUAAAUGGGGUUCUUACAGUCCGGGUGAUUUGACUUUCUAUUCCCUUAUUGAGAAUUAUGCCUCUUCCUUUGAUUUUGUGUCCUUGGAGAAGGUCUUAGACCAAAUGAAGCGUGAAAAGAGAGUUUUUAUUGAAAAGAAUUUCAUUGUUAUGUUCAAAGCUUAUGGGAAAGCCCAUUUGCCUGAGAAAGCUGUGGACUUGUUUCGUAGAAUGGAGGUUGAGUUUCAGUGUAAGAAAACUGUGAAGUCUUUGAAUUCAGUUCUCAAUGUGAUUAUUCAGGACGGUUUAUUCAAUCGUGCAUUGGAGUUUUAUUCUGAUGUUGACGCAUCCACGAGUUUGAAUAUUCAACCUAAUGUACUCACUUUUAACUUGAUUAUUAAGGCAUUGUGUAAGCUUGGUUUGGUUGAUAAAGCAAUUGAAGCGUUCAGGGAAAUGCCACCAAGGGGUUGUGCUCCUGAUACUUAUACAUAUUCUACAUUGAUGGAUGGGUUGUGCAAGGAGGGUAGGAUUGAUGAGGCCAUUUUGUUGUUAGAUGAGAUGCAGAUUGAAGGUACCUUCCCUACCCCUGCAGUGUUUAAUGUGUUAAUCAAUGCAUUGUGUAAGAAAGGUGACUUGGAGCGCACCUCCAAGCUAGUCGAUAAUAUGUUUCUUAAAGGUUGCGUCCCGAAUGAGAUGACAUAUAAUGCCCUUGUUCAUGGCCUCUGUCUCAAAGGUAAGUUGAAUAAGGCAGUUGAUCUAUUGAAUCAAAUGGUGUCUAAUAAAUGUGUGCCUAAUGAUGUCACGUAUGGAACACUCAUUAAUGGUUUUGUUAAGAAUGGUAGAACUAUUGAUGGGGUUUGUGUGUUGUUAUCUUUGGAAGAGAGAGGCCAUCGUGGGAAUGAGCAUAUUUACUCUUCCCUCAUUAGCGGCUUGUUCAAGGAGGGAAAAUCAGAAGAGGCAAUGCGAUUGUGGAAGGAAAUGGUUGAGAAAGGAUGUCAACCGAAUACUAUUGUCUAUAGUGCUCUUAUAGAUGGUCUUUGUCGAGUAGGGAAGCCAGAUGAAGCAAGGAAACUCCUAGUUGAAAUGAAGAAUAAAGGUUACCUGCCUAAUUCUUUUACUUAUAGCUCCUUAAUGAAGGGUUUUUUUAACAUAGGCGAUAGCCAUAACGCUAUUCUUGUUUGGAAAGAGAUGACUGCUAGUAAUUCUAAUCAUAAUGAGGUUUCUUACAGUAUACUUAUUAAUGGCUUAUGCAAGGAUGGGAAGCUUAUGGAGGCCUUAAUGGCGUGGAAGCAAAUGCUGAGUAGAGGAAUCAAACUAGAUGUUAUAGCUUACAGUUCAAUGAUUCAUGGAUUUUGUAACGCUCAGUUAGUAGAACAGGGUCUAAAGCUUUUUCACCAGAUGCUUUGUCAGCCUGAAACACAACCUGAUGUGGUUACCUACAACAUACUUUUCCAUGCUUUGUGCAUGCAGAAUAGCAUCUCUCGCGCCAUUGAUGUUCUAAAUAUCAUGCUAGAUCAAGGUUGUGACCCUGAUUAUAUUACUUGCGAUAUUUUCUUGCGAGCUUUAAGAGAAAGAGUGAACCCGCCUCAAGAUGGGGCAGAGUUUUUGGAUGAACUUGUAGUCCGCCUAAUUAAGAGACAGAAAGUAGUAGGUGCUUCCAAAACAAUAGAGGUGAUGCUACAGAAGUUUUUACUUCCAAAAGGUUCUACUUGGGCCACAGUUGUAAAACAUCUUUGCAAACCUAAAAAAGUUCGAGAAACCAUUCGGGAAUGUUGGAGCAAGCUGUGUCACUGAUUUCUUGCAUAUGUUAUUGAACUACAGUUUACUUGAAACUUUUGGGAUUUGGAUAGCAUCUGCAGUGUGAUUUUGUUUGUUAUCAUUGUAGGGUUGUCCAAGCUAACAUAAUAUUUGACAAUUUUUCUACCUUAUGGGGCUAAAGGGAGCUAUAUUAAGUUGCUGCAGUUGUUUUUGUUGUAUAUAGGUGGUUUGAAAACAUUGCAAACAUAGCUGGUGUAACAAAAGAUCCAUCAGGUGACAUAUUCACAGGCAUGGUUUUGUAAUUGUGAAUGAGAUCACAUGAUGUUUAUACCAUUGUAUAAGGGGAAUUCCCUUUAUAACCAUUUUUGGUCUCUUCUAGUUGUAAUAUAGAAUUGGAUCCUCAAUUUUUUUCUCAUUUGAGAUUGAGAGUAUAAAGUGUGAUCUCUCAUCAUAGGAUCAAGAGAAAACAUGAGAGAAAAUAUUGAAGGAUUAGAUAUUAUAUUUUACAUUUUCAAUUGAGAAAAUAUUUGAGAGGAUUUAUUUUCUUGUAAUAUAAUGAGCAGCAUUUACAAGUUUGAACACAACAUAUCUAUACUAACAUGUAUGCUACUAUAUUAUAUAAAGGAGAUCUGUCU